AUGGCAUGGCAAGCGGAGGAGAGCACAUUGGCGCAGUUGGCGGGGUAUCUGAAUGACACUUUGAAUGCGAGAGAUCAAGCAGUGCGCAAAAAUGCAGAGCAGAUGCUCACACAAGCUACCUCCUCCCCGGACUUUGUCAAUUACCUAUCAUUCCUCCUGCGCACUCCCCAGCCUCCUCCCGCUGUUGGCUUCGACGUCCAGGGAUACAAUGUGGUCCGAGUGGCUGCGGCAAUGAAUCUAAAAACAAAGAUAAAGGUGGCUUACCAGUCGAUAUCUCCUGAUGCUUUGGCAUACCUUCAAGAGGCGAGCCUAGUGGCACUAGGGGAUGAAUAUAGUGCCGUUGCGAAUUCCGCUGGUACUAUCAUGGCAGAGAUGAUCAAACAGGGAGGGGUAUUAGGAUGGCCGAGUUUACUUGAGGAACUGGUGUCACUAGUAGGGAAUACGUCAGCCUCAGUUCCAAAUCGUACUCAACAAGCAUCAAUGACUGCAUUACAAAGAAUAUGUGAGGACAACCACCGGCUUCUACAGAAGGAGAUCCAGGGACAACAACCCAUUAACGCUAUACUACCCAAACUGAUGGAGUUCACGACCAGUUCUAUACCAAAAGUUAGAACCAUGGCAUUAUCGACAGUCCAAAUGUUUAUCGCUCACAAAUCACCUGCUCUCAUGCAAUCACUUGACACUUUUCUUCAACACCUGUUUAAAGUGGCUGAAGAUCCAAACACGGACGUCCGGAGGGCGGUCUGCCAGGCAUUUAACCAACUGGCAGAGGUUGCCCCGGAAAAGCUCAUUCCUCAUAUGGAUGGACUUGUCAACUAUGUGUUGAUGCAGGAGCAUAGCCAGGAAGAUCCCGAGCUGGUAUUAGAUGCUUCUGAAUUUUGGAUAGUUGCCGGAGAAGAAAAACAAUUGAGGUCGGCAUUGACUCCAUAUCUACCAAAAAUCAUUCCCGUUUUGCUUCAGAAUAUGGUAUACGACGAAGAAGAGGCCGCUAUGAUCGCCGGCAAGGCAGAUGACGCAGAUGAACAGGAUAGGCCUGAGGAUCUAAAACCUCAGUUUGCCAAAACAAAAUCCGCGAGAUUGCCUGGUGGAAAGGACAGCGAAGAAGCUGCUAAUGGUGAUAAGAAAGCACCUGAAGUAGAAGACUCUGAUGAUGAUGACCUAAGUGAUGGAGAGAUUGAUGAUGACCCUGAAGAAGAGUGGACUAUAAGAAAGAGUUCCGCUACCGCUUUAGAUAUUUUCGCAACCGUCUACCACCAGCCUGUUUUCGAGAUCGUCCUUCCCUAUCUUCGAGAACAUUUGAAGAACCCUAGCUGGGCCCAUCGGGAGGCAUCAGUACUAGCAUUGGGUGCUAUUGCUGAUGGGUGCAUGCUAACAGUCCAACCCCAUCUCCCAGAGCUGAUUCCCUACCUAGUAUCACUCCUAACAGAUCCAGAGCCAAUCGUGAGAAUGAUUACCUGUUGGUGUCUGGGUAGAUAUUCAGGUUGGGCAGCACACCUUGAACAAGCUGAAAAAACCCGUUUCUUUGAGCCGAUGAUGGAAGGCAUGCUUCACCGUAUGCUGGAUAACAACAAAAAGGUCCAAGAGGCUGCUGCCUCUGGUUUCAGAAGCUUGGAGGAAAAAUCGGGGCCACAUAUCAUCCCUUACUGUGAACCCAUCCUACGGCAGUUUGUUCUCUGUUUUGACAAGUACAAGGAUCGAAACCUAGACGUCCUUUAUGAUUGUGUGCAAACUCUCGCCGAAUGUACAAUGUCUGAGUUAGCAAAACCUGCGCUAGUGUCGAUUCUCAUGCCCUGCCUCAUUGCAAGAUGGAAUAAAGUGGCAGAUGAAUCACGAGAGAUAUUUCCACUCUUGGAGUGCCUUGGCUAUAUCGCCAGCGCUUAUGGGCAUGCCUUUACACCGUUCGCACCACCAAUAUUCGGCAGAUGUACCAAGCUAAUAUAUAGCACCAUUAUGGAGUGCAAUGCGGAAGCUAACGGGCACGCCGUUAACGAGCCAAACAAGGAUUACUUCAUCACAUGCUUGGAUCUACUCAGUGCUAUCAUUCAAGCCAUUGACCGUCAAAAAAGUGAAGAGCUCGUGGUAAAUAGCCAGCCACCUUUUUUCCAGCUUCUGGCCUACUGUCUACAGGAUUCAUGUUACGAUGUGGGCAUGUCCGCUUAUGCGGUUCUCGGUGACUGUGCUAUGGUUCUCUUCGAUCAGCUCCAACCCUUCCUACCCACUAUAAUGCCGUCACUCAUGAAGCAGCUUGAUCUGGAUCAGCUAGCGGAUGAGGACUCGUCAACCGGUCUAAGUGUGGUGAACAAUGCCUGCUGGGCCUGUGGAGAGAUAUCCAUGAACGCCAAAUCUACCAUGGCUCCAUAUGCAGAGAGCCUCUUCACCUUACUAUUUGCCAUCAUGACCAACGAAGAAAUCCGUGACUCCGUGACUGAGAAUGCGGCCAUCGCUCUAGGUCGUCUUGGCCUAGGAUGCGCCGAGCAGCUGGCUCCUCGUCUAGCGCAAUUUGCACCGUCUUUCCUGUCAAUCAUGGGCAACGUGGAGUUUUCGCGAGAGAAAGUUGGCGCAUUUGCGGGAUUCAAUCAAGUUCUCAAGCAAAAUCCGCAGGCACUAGAAUCCUGCCUGCCAGACUAUUUCAGUGCAGUCGCUUCUAUGACUGAUAAGCCUUUCCAUGCCCCUGAAUUUGAUGAUCUAGACCAGUCAACCCAACAGGUUCUUCAAGGUUAUAAGGAAUUAAUCCCUGACUUUGCAGCGUUCUUAGGGACUUUAGACCCAAACGUGGCCUGGAGAAUUCAGUCAGCCUACCAGAUUUAA